AUGUAUCGGAUUCCUAUCUACAAGAUCACGGAUCUGAUCGAUGCGGUCGACGACGCGUACAAAACGAUGAGCGCAGACACUUUAGUCGACAUUUUCUUGACUCUUCAGAGCUGUAUACUCUGCAUUCUGAUGGAAUAUGGAGGAAAUCAGUACAAGCUGCCACAUAUGGGCAAGACCAAGCUGCGUAGAGCCAACUGUCUGCCAAGGGUUCUGACAUGUGAGCUCGAGUUAUACAAGCACGCUAUCAGAACGCUGCAGAGUGGAGAUCGUGGCAGCGUUCUUCUCUUUGGUGAAAACUAA